AUGUUUCCUAAAAAUCGAGCUUUCUUACUUUUCAUUCUAUUAACUACCAAUUAUGUUUCUGCCAUUGGUCGCGAGGGUUUGAAACUUAUUUUUGAAAACACGUUCGAUUCGUCUUCAACAUUAAAUACAUCGAUUUGGAAUUACAAUUAUCCAUGGGGAUCAACAUACAAUCAUCAAGCAAAUAUGAUUCGCCGUCAGGUCACAACGAGUGAACUGGGUCAAGUUAAAUUAACAGCUAUUGCUACUCGAACUUCAAAUAUUACAAAUCUUGAUACAGGUGACUAUGGUAUUGUUAAUGUAAAUUACACAUCCGGCGCAAUUUAUACAAAUAGUUUUCUAACAUUAAAACGAGGUUUAACUGUUGUUAGUAUGCGUGUACCAUCAACGACAAGUACCUGGCCAAUGAUUAUGCUAGUGCCAUUAGAUGAAACAUCACCGAUGUUAAUCAUGGAUGUAUUUAAUGAUCGACGAAAUAUUGGUUAUACAUUUCGUUAUACAUCACAAACGGGUUCAAGUGAAUCUGUUGGAGGUGUAGCACGUGCAUCAGUAGAUAGUAGUUUAGAUUUUCAUUCUUAUGCUAUCGAUUGGGGUUAUGAUAAAAUAUCGUUUUUAGUUGAUAAUGUUCUACUACGUUCAUUUACGAAACCAACUGAAAUAACACAAAUUUCUGAUAUGAGUCUUGUUAUUGCUCUUGGUGUAGGUGGUCGGUCACAAUUUACACCAACGAAUUCAAGUGUAUAUCCAACUGCUUUACUUGUGAAUAGUGUUCAAAUGUGGACACCAAAAUUUGAUGGUCGAUUUAAAAUUGUGAACCUCAAUUCUAGACUUGUUUUAGAAGUUGAAAAUGGCGUUUUCACUGAUUUUGCUCGUGUUACACAAAAUAUUGAUAAAGGCACACUUUGGCAACAAUGGGAUAUUCAUUAUGUCGGUUAUAAUACAUAUAGAAUUUCCAAUGUAAAUAGCCGCAAAGUGCUUGAUGAUUACGAUUGGCAGACUAAUGAUGGGGCUAAAAUUGUUCAAUAUAAAUUUGAAUCAAAAGAUAAUCAAAUAUGGAAAAUAAUUGAAGAUGAAGAUACUGAUACUGAUAAUACAGUUUCAUUAAUUAAUGUUUGGGCCCAAAAAGCAGCAUCAUUUGUUGGUGCAUCAAAUCAAACAGGCUCACAACUUGUUCUCAAUGAAAUCAAUGAUCAACCAGAUCAGAAAUGGUUAUUGGUUCGAUUAUAA